ACCCUGCCAGCUCUAGCUUGACUGGAGGGUUUUCUCUCCCUGGUGCUGCAUUCGCACUCUAAUGCUCAUGUGGUAACAUCCAGCACUGCUUGGCUUCCCCUGCACGUUGGCCUGAUUCCAGUGAUUUCAAGUAGAAAGGAGAGAGAGAGACAGAAAGAAGCAGAGACAAAGUGUAUGUAUGCUGGAGAGAGACAAGUGAGUGUAGAAGCAGGAGGGAAAAGCAGAGAUCUGGAAAAGGGACGAAAAGAAGAAGCGAGUGAGGGAGAAAAGAGUUGUAAAAAGUGAUCUAGAAGAACCAGUGGUGAAGAAACAUUGAUUAGCUGACUGACAAUAAAUCCACCAACAUGGCAACCAUGGAACCACUGGAAUCCUCAAGUGCCCUGCUGGAGCCUCGAAUGCUCACUGAGAUCUCAGACGACGAGAUCAAUCUCGCACCCUCAGAUGAUGAAGAUGAUGCCAUUGUUGCAGCCAAGAAAGAGCUGUCCACCAUGGGCACGGAGGGGGAUGCUGCUGAAGACAAGGAGGAAGCGAAGGUGGACACACAGGUGAACGGGGUCAUGGUGCUGACUUUGCUUGACAAGAUCAUUGGGGCAGUGGACCAGAUCCAGCAGACCCAGAGCGGGCUAGAGGCCAGACAACAAGAAAUGGAACGUUCGGUGACCAGCAUCCAGGGCGAGCUGACCAAACUGUCCAAAAGCCACAGUACCACGUCCAACAGCGUAAAUAAGAUGAUGGAGAAGGUGCGCAAGGUGAGCGUCAAUGUCAAGACAGUGCGGGCCACCCUGGAGAAGCAAGGAGGCCAGAUCAAGAAGCUGGAGAACAACGAGGCUGAGCUGCUCAAGAGACGCAACUUUAAAGUCAUGAUCUACCAGGAUGAAGUCAAGGUUCCAUCAAAACUCAGCAUCUCUAAAUCCAUGAAGGUUUCUGGGUCUGUGGCAGGAAGUAGAGGAGGCAGCUUGAUAGAGCUUAAGGAAGCUGUGGAAGAGGAAAGAGAGGGAGAGGACACAGACAAACCCCAUGUAGACCUCUCCUCAGACGAGGAGGGAUUGGAGAUUGAGGAGACAAUUGAGGAAACUCGUGCUGAACGGAUCAAGCGUAGCAGCCUGCAGCGCGUACAAACCCUGAAGACCGUCUUCUCAAAGGAGAAGAUGGAUAAGACAAAGGCAAAGACCAAAGAGAACCUGGAGAAGACCAGACAAAAAACCAAGAACAACCUGGAGAAGACAAAGCAGAGGACAAAAGAUAACCUGGAGAGGACCAAACAAAAAACCAAGGACAACCUGGAGAAUGCAAAGCAGAAGACCAAGGAGAACCUGGAGAAAACACGUCACAACAUUGAGAAGAAGAUGGGAAAGCUUGGAAACCGCAUGACUGUCAACCCUGAGCGCAAGCAGAAGAUGCAGACAUCCCAAGACAAGGUGAAGAAAGCCUUCACACCAGACCAUGUUGUUUACGCCCGCUCCAAGACUGCUGUGUACAAGGUGCCGCCCUUCACCUUCCAUGUCAAGAAAAUCCGUGAGGGUGCUGUUGAAGUGGUACAAGGCACUGAGAUGGUGGAAGUGUCCCAGGAUGCCGAGCCCUUCAGUGACGUGGAUGAGGCAGUUGAAGAGGGCGGAGAGGAGGUUGAGAUGGAGAUGAUUAAUGGAGGAGAGGAUGAAGACGAGGCUGAGGAGGACGAAGAAGAGGACAGCCACGAUGCCCUGCAUGAGAACGAAGACAGAGAUAGAGACAGCGAUUAGAUAAAGAAUGAGGAAUUUGCCAAGAUCCUGACAAAAUUCUGUGCAACAACCCAAAGUCUUCUGUAAAAACUGAAUAAAUUGGGAGGAUCAAGAAGAUUUCUAGAAAAUAAUAACAGUUGACUACAUAUUGGAUCUUAUUUUCACUAUUUUGGCCAUUAUUCCUAUCAGUUAUAAGAACUUUGUACCCACCAUAGUAAUUGUUGAGAUCUGGAAGCAUGGUGAUAUUGCUAGUUGAUGACAGAUUCGUCAACCAGAUAGGUAUUAAAUAAAUUAAUACAUUUUCCAGAUUAUCCAAACCACUUUAUUUGGAGGCAAACUGCUUCCAAAAUGUCAGUAAUAAUUGAUUGCAAAGGUGUGCACUGUUACCUUGGACAAAUUCAUUUUACAAUCUGGAGCAACCGAUUGUUACUAUAUAAAUUAAUGGGAAUUUAUGGGGAAAUUAAUUUGAGUGAAAUUAACUUUGAAGCUAAUUGCUUCAUGACAACCCAAAUUUGUGCACUUAAAAUCUGUAUAAAUACGUGUUUUUUGCUAUAGACCAGGUAUUCAAUUUAAAUGUCAAACAUUGUUGUCUGAAAAUAUAUACAAGACAUUCAAUGUACCAUGUCAAUCUUAAAUACAUUAUGCUCGAGCAGUAUGUAGUCUACUGCACUUGGUUUCGUAGACUUUGAAGUUUGUGUAGGCCUAUCAGCCUACCAAGUUCUGCACCGGCUAUUGAACAAAGUCAAGGUGCUGGGCCAGACAGGAGGAUCAUUGUUCCACACUGACAACACAUCCAAGAUGAUUUCUGCUUUUCAGGGGUUCAGGUGUGAAUAGGUCAAAUUUUGAGAUUAAACUUCCUGAGGACAGGGGACUCAUCAGGACUGUGUUUGAAGGACUAAGAGAAACAUGGAGGGACAUAAUAUUAGUUCAGCCUGCAUUUACCAAAUGUUACAUUAUGAAGAAAUUGCUUAACACCUGUCUGUUUAUCUUUAUUGUUUUCAGUGGUCAUGUUUUUGGUCAACAUGGUCAAUGCUUUUGACUGCAGAAGGCGGGACUAGAUUUGAUCCACUGCCGAGGGAGAAGGCACUCACUCAUUGAUAUACAGACCAACCAUGUGAUAAACAUGACAUUUCUUUUUCUUUUUCAUUAAUCCAGUCCUGGUCAUGCCAUGCUCAUCUAAGUGAAUAACCCAAUUAGGGUCCCAAAGCAGUGCAAAUGAGAGGGUGUUGUCCAGGAGAAAAAUACAUGUACUUAAGUCUGUUCAACUCAAACAGAGAAAACCAUCCAAAAACAACAGUGUAGCCAUAAUAGCAUAAUAUACUGAGAGUGAUUGAUUAUUGCAAUCAAACUGUAUUUUUAAGUAAUUCCUGACUAAUAGUGUAAAUGCACAACUAUGGUAAAUGUUGUACAGCAGGUCAAAGUUGAACCAGGAGGCUGGAAAUGCUUGCCUCUGUUUUCUCAUCUGAAUAGGUUUGGCUAAUGUUGAGGGGUUUGUUUGUUUCCUUGCUGUCUGAUUGGUCUCCUCAUGUCACUAGACUCAACAGACAGUUCAGCAAGGUUACCCAUGUUUGGUUAACUAAGUAGACAGGGCAAGCAACUGCCCCAGAGGGCCACUGGCCCACAGUUUCAGUCUCACUCAUUAACUUUCAUUCCAGCAACAAUAGGCACGAGUAGUCAUUGAGGCUGGAUGUGUAAAUAGGCAACUCUUUGCUUAAACGUUCACCAUAACAACUUAACAGGGUGAUACUAUGUCAGUGUUGUAUUCACAGCUUGUUGUACCUUUAAAUGGACAUAAAAUAUCAAAGAGGAAAGCUAGUGCCAGAUAAUAUUCUGGUGUAGAAAAACUGUACACAUUGCACAGAGAGUGUUAGCAAUGAGGAGUCAGGUGCCUUGCCCCCAUCAGUAUAAUCUGCUUGUGGGUCUCAGCAUUUAAUUUGGUCAGGACAAUAUAUUGUCUUGUCUAUUACUUAUCAACAAUAGGAAUGAUGGCCAAUAUUACAAGUAAGACUCAAGAUGGGGCUAAAAAAUAAAAUAAAAUUGAUAACAAUUGAUAAUUGAUUACUUAAAUACAUAGUUUAAAGAAUUUAAGGAAAACAGUCCCAUAUUUGUAAAAGCAUUUCAAGGGUUGUUUAGAGUCCAUUUGUGUUUGGAUGGUGUAGAUGAUCACUAAAAGUGAAAGAAGAAGAGGAAGAAGAAGAAGACAGAAAAAGGUAAUAGCCAAACUGACAUAAAUCAUCAGGAGGGUUUCUCUUUGUGAGAAAGUGUAUUCUUUUCAGUAUUUCAUUUUUUGUUUUAUUUUAAAUACACUACACUUACCACUCCAACUAGUGGAAUGAGUAUAUGACUCAACUUCUGCCCAUUGAAUUUCCUUUGAGUUCUCAUGAAUUGCUAAAAUGCAGAUUCACAAUUAUUACAUUGAUAAACACAUAUAUGAGAAUAUGAGUACAUAUUCAUGCUUAUCCAUAAAUUCCUUGUGUUUUAAAAAUAGCACAUAUCACACAUGCAACAUAUUUUUACACCCCCUUUGUUGUUAAGUUGUUUGAAUUCUUUUAUCUUACUCUGUUUAAUGUACGCGUUAUUUAGAAGUCAAGUGAUUCUGUUGCAAUUUUUAGGUUUUCAUGAGCUCACAGUUUUAAUGUAUGAUUUUGUAUGUAAUCACACUUCACAUUCUGCUGAUGUUAUCUCCUUUUCAUUACUGCAGAAUGUAACCCAAUUACUGUCUUUUAUAUAUGUUUUAUACCUACUUUCAUGCAGUACUCUUUUAUUAGAUUUUACUGCCAGUGUUCCCAAAAAAUAACCUGCACCCAAAUGAAGGUCAAUGAAACACAAGAUGAGGACAGUCCAUUUCAUUUCACUCAACAAUCAUUUUCACCAUUAUUGUUUUCCCAUGAGUGUUUUGCUCUUAUAAAAACCUGCCAUGUAUAUCUAAAUAUGUGUUUCAUAAAUGAACUGGGAUAAGGACCAAUUCUUACGGUAAAAACGUACAAACCUCUGGUCAAAGAAGUUUGUGUGUUAAUAGGACCUUUCUAUACGACCAAGUUUCUUUACAUGUGCAUGAUAUUGCUGUGGUCUGAGACUGACCCCUAGUGUUCAGUCGUCUUGCUGUAAGUUUCUCUUGUUCCAGAUUAAAGGAACAUUUCAGCUCCAACUUUUCUCUUUCAAAUAACCAUUUCAUUGAAAUAUUUCCCAAGAGCAAGACUCUAUUGUCCACAUUUGCCUUUUUGUAAUAAGAUGUAAAAAUGUGUUUCAUUCUGCACAACGAUUGGUGGAAUUUUAUGAAUGCUUUGCAAGAAUGAAUUUUAAGAGUUGAUGUUUUUUGUUGUUGAAUGACCUGCUGUGACUGCAUUACUUUUGGCAUAGUCAAGAUAAUAUUCCAUCCACUUUCAUUUUUACAAACUAAUGCUGUUCAGAUUAGUGGGGCCUAUCUUGACAUAAUUUGGUGUGAAGAGGUGAACACACUAAACAGGUCAGCAGUGUAUCCAAAGGCUAUCACAGAGACAGACACAAGAAACAUUUAUGAAUCAAAGAAAGAGUUUUUAUAUAACUUUUGACCAUGUCACCAUAGUAUUUGUACUGUCCAGUUUCUAUCUUAGACAAACAUUACACUUUUAUUUGUGUUCAUUUUUUGUAUAUAAUGUGAAUCACUGCCAAUGCAGAUCACAAUGCAUACUGAUUUUAUUUACCAGAGAGCCUCUUGUCUUCUGUUGCAUAACUUCUUCAGCAUUUAGAACCGCUUGUUAAUGACACUGGCACUCAUGUUUGCAAGGAUAAAGCAUUCCAGCCUUUUUGAUCCACGGUUGUGGUACAGACAUUUGGUGGUUUAAGGCUCAGUCCUUGAAAGUGAAUCAACAAUGCCAUGUCUGGCAAGGCAGUGACAACAUGCAGCCAUGCUGAGGCCUUUGUCAAUGGAGCACAAAAUGUAGUUCACAUGUAACUGUUUCUUUGCUUUUGUUUUGUCAUUAACAGAUGCUAGUAUAAUGUUUAUUGUUUAUUUCUUAACCACUAAUGAUUUAAUUAAUAAAAACUACUUGGUUCACA